CGCGCCGAGGCAACGCUUUCAUGGAGGGGGUGAAGGCGGAAGCGCGGGAGGGGGCCGCGGUGGCCCAGGACCUACUGGCUCUGGGGUAUGGGGGUGUCCCGGGGACGGCGUCGCGGGGCGCCUCAUGUCCAGACUUCAGGGCGCUGUGCGUGCGGCUGGCGGCGGAGCUGGCGACGCUGGGCGCCCUCGAGCAGCAGCGAGAGGCGGGCGCGGAGGUGCUGAGCGCCGGCGACGGCCCCUACGCGGAGGAGGACUUUCUGCGGCAGCUUGGCCGCCUGCUGCGGGAGCUGCACUGCCCGGAUCGCGCGCUCUGCGGCGGGGAUGGCGCGGCUGCGCUUCGGGAACCGGGUGCCGGACUGCGCCUGCUGCGUUUUCUCUGCUCAGAGCUCCAAGCCACCCGCCUCCUGCGCCUGCGCUCUCUGCUGGAUCCCAGUCCUAGGCCACCCCUUGGUGAAGGGGUGGUGGAGGGAGCUGGCAUGGUCCAAGAACUGGGCCUUACCCUCCAAGCCCUGGGACUGCCCAGACCUGCACCAGGGACCCCCGCCAGCCAGCUGCUGCAAGAGUUGCAUGCUAAGAUCUCAGAGCUGCAGCCUUCUCUGCCCCCAGGGUCCCUGCAGCCCCUCCUCAGCUACUCGCUAGAUGCACCCAGAUGGGAAGCAUUGGAGUCUCUGUCCCAAAGCCUCAGAGAUCAGUACCGCUGCCGCCGCUACCUCCUCCUCAAGCGCCUUGACCUGACUACAUCUGCUUUCCACUGGAGUGACCGGGCAGAGGCCCAAGGAGAAGCCAUGAGGGCAGUGCUGAUCCCAAUUCGAGAGGUUCUAACCCCGGAAUCGGACAUCUCCAUCGCACACGUCCUGGCUGCCCGAGCCGACCUGUCUCGUCUCAUCCCAGCCACCAGCAUGGCUGUCCGCAGAGGGACCUGCUGUGCCAUCAACAAGUCCACCUCUAGAACAGACACACUGAGAGCAGAGAGGGGUCCGCACCAUGAGUGGAUGGAUGACAGGAAGGAGGAAUGCUGGCAGAGCCUGGAGAUCUGGGAUUUGGAGGAGCAAGGACUUCAGCCCUCAAGAGAGCAAGGCUCCUGGACCAGUGCGAUGGCCCACGCCUGUAAUUCCAGCACUUUGGGAGGCCAAGCCCCAUGGUGUGCAGUCUGACUCUCUCUCAGUCCAUCUCCUGUAGCACCUGCGUCUUGAAUGUGACUUAACGAUCCUGGCUGAGCAGAGACUUCGUAGUGUGGCAGUGUCUCCAGGCCCUGGGGACCCAGAAAAUCCUCAGGGAGGAGGUCAGGAAUCCUGGCGCUUGUUUAUACUGUACACAGGCAGCCUUAGUCCUCGGGCUGGCCAAGAAUACGGACAAUACUAAUGCUGAUGACCACAAAGGAAGGGACUUCCGAAUCAAACCACAGAAACUCAUAAGGCAGAAAAAUGAUGCACAUGAUAACAUGCAAAUACA